AUGAAUGCUGUUCACAGAUCAACAAUUGAAAAGGGCAGCUUUUCAAGCUCUUCAACAAAAGCUCUUCAACGAAACAACCGAAAGAAGAAAUCUUCAUUCUUUUCAAGGUUCACCAAACGGCAAAAGACCACAAGUACCAAGCAGAUGUUAAGUUCGCUGGAUACUAUGGACCGAAUGCCAUUGAAUCAUGGAGUAGUGACCUCAUCAGAAAAGGGAUCAAUUCCUAUCAUGUCUACUGUUGAUAACACAACCCCUUCCUUGCAGUCUCUUUCCUCGUCUCAAUCGAGCGAUGACACUCAGUCGAAUCACGAAAAGAUGCAAGAGACGAUGGUCUUCUCAAACACAGCAAAGAGUUUGUACGCUACUAGUGCGCAAAACUUGUCCGACUUGGAUGCUGAGUUCUUGGAAGCUAGGUCCGAUCGAUGGCGUCAAGAUGGAAGAAGCUUUGCUGAUUUGGAAAGCAGUGCGCAGUUCUCAAUGUCCAUGGAUGUUGAUGAAAACGGCGGCACUUUGAAGCAGUCACUACAAUACCGUGAUCAACUUCGAGGAAAGAAAGUCUCUUUAGCAACGCACUCGAAAACGUCACUCGAUACUACUUCCGAUUCCAUGCCACUGCCGGUUCUUUCCUUCAAGCCAAAGGAAAUGGUAGAACCGACAGUAUUCGAGUUGGACAGCUCCUUAUUGAGUGCCUUAUCUGCGAUAAAUCCGGUAGAAGAAUCCUUUUCUGACGAGUCUCGAGAUUCACAGGAUAAAGCCUCAUCCGAUGUGCAAGAAUUGGAUGAUGAUGAUGAUGAUGAUGCUGCUGCACAAGAUUUGUUAGAAGACGAUGAUUCGCAAGAAGAAAAAGAAGAAGACGACGAGUGCGGAGAGGAAGAACAAGAAGCUGGGCCGGUCAAUGUCUUCUCGUUUGACUAUAUGCAAGAACGCUUGUCGUGCAUCGGCUGUGUGUAA